GCGCUCACUUCCAUCUAUCCCAGUUCCGUGUGGUGGAUGAUUUGAUAAACUCCGUGCUGUAUCCUGGUGACUCUUUGAUCCAACUUCAGAAGCUGAUUCAGACUCCUGUGCUGUAAAUUGGCAGUGGUGGAGUGAUUCGGAAUGUUGGCUUUGAGAGCUCAGGGAAGAAGCAGAAGGGAGAAGGAAGUAACACAGUGUGCCUGAAAAUGACAACGAAGAGGAAUUUGUUGGUGCGGCUGGUGUCAUGCCGCUGCCUGCGUGGAGAGGAGGAAACAGUCACUACACUUGAUUAUUCUCACUGCAGCCUGGAACAGGUGCCUAAGGAGAUUUUUACUUUUGAAAAGACCCUAGAAGAACUCUACUUAGAUGCUAAUCAGAUUGAAGAGCUUCCAAAGCAACUUUUUAACUGUCAGUCGCUGCACAAGCUGAGUUUGCCAGACAAUGAUCUAACCACAUUGCCAGCAUCCAUUGCAAAUCUCAUUAAUCUCAGGGAACUGGAUGUCAGCAAGAAUGGCAUACAGGAGUUUCCAGAAAACAUAAAAAACUGCAAAGUCUUGACAGUUGUUGAGGCCAGCGUAAAUCCAAUUUCAAAGUAAGUUUGUAAUUUUUAUGGU